UGGUAGGAUAAUGUGGUGAUACCCAGUGUAUCAGGGCGGGCUUACGCUGCGACGCACGGUGUGAUCCCUCGGUAGUGAACUCGAUUGUGUGCGCAUCAUCAUCUCCGCUCCAGCCCCAGCAUCUCUCUCCUCCAUCCAUCCACACAAGACUAUCCUGUCCUGGACAUCAUAUCCAGCCUUCAUAAUGACCUUCAGGCCACCUAGUUGAAUGGUGUGUGCUUGGUUUUGUUCGCUGUGGCUGCGCUUCUUGCUGCUGCCUUGCAGGGAAACAGAUACCUGUGCUGCAUUGGCAUCACUGCAGAGUGUUUUGGGUGACAGCAGGUCCAUACAUUUGGGUGUAUUGUGCCUGUGACCGCAGCUACCAUGGCGAAAACAGUCACAUCGUCCAGCGCAAUAACAGGUGAGAAGAUGGCUCCACCGUCCAUCACUUUACUCCCUGAUAAGAGAUCUCCGACAAACGGUCACAGCUCUCCAGCCCGAACUGGAAAAAUUACUCCAUCCAGCACAGAGAAGAAGCCACUAAUAAAUGGACACGCGUCCCCUUCACACUUAGCAGCCAACAUUAAUAAUAACCAUGCAGGUAAACAAUUUGUGGAGGGUUAUAUGAAGACAGACGACAGGAUGCGAUUAGCCAAAGAGAGACGUGAGGAGAGGGAUAAAACCCUGGUGGCCCGGGAGCAGCUGAUCAGGGAGAAGGAGCGCAGAGCUCGGCUGCAGUACGAACGCACAGUGGAAGAACGCUGGAGGCGGCUGGAGGAGCAGAGGCAGAGAGAGGACCUCCGCAGAGCUGCAGUGGAGGAGAAGAGGAGACAUCAGCUCGAAGAGGACAGGGAGCGACUGGAGGCCCUGAUGAAACGCUCUCUGGAGCGAAGCCUUCAGCUGGAGCAGAGGACCAAACGCUGGAGCAGAGGCUGCCCUGCAGGAGCCGGUGACAGUGACAAUGCCCCACUCCCUUUCUCUGCUGCCUCCGCCUUUUCCCAUGGCAUUGCCUCCCCCCUUCCUGCUGUCAGCGAAUCUGCGCCCUGCAGCCCUCACAGGUCACCUUUCCACGGCUCGCUGAACCCUGCAGAUCACAACAGAGCUGGACUUCAUGGAGGCUCUCAGUCCACUCCCAAUACCCCCAAGAAAGAGCGACUGCGCAGAGAGAGAAGAACUGCAUCCCCAGGUUGUGGAUCUCCUGUGAGAAGAUCUGAAUCCCCUGCUAGUGUCACAAGGCACUUGGCUUCUCCUACUACCUCCAAGCUGGCAUCUAAAAUGCGUGCCCAGUCUCCUAGCAAUGCACAUCAGUACCAUUACUCUCCUACAAGGCAUCGGCUAAACCUGUCACCUGAUGAUAGGAGAGCAGAAGACAAGAAGGGGGAGAAACACUGUGAACAAUCCAAAACAGUGAAAAAUAACACCGAUAUCAACAGCACAACAGCAUCUGCACACGAUGAGAAGAAUGUGGUCAACAUUGAAAUCCCUAAAUCCAGAUCAUCUAAAGGUGAAACCUUGGAUAAGCAUCUCAGAGGCGACACAUCUGAGAGAAAUCUGUCCCCUGACAGAAAGGACCCCGUGUCUCCCAAAGUGGGUUCCUCAGAGAAGAAGACGCAGAGCAACGCUCAGGAUGGAGACAAGAAAAAAGAAUCAGCACUAUGCACGUCCACAGGAAAGGUGGCAGCUGGCACAACAAAUGCAGAGGAGGCUACCAGGUUGCUGGCAGAGCGUAGGCGUCAGGCUCGAGCUCAAAAAGAACUGGACGAGAAAAAGCGGGAACAAGAGGAGAAAGAAAGACUAAGGGAAGAGCAGCUGAAGAAGCAAUGCGCACAGGAGCAGCGACAGCAGGAGGCAAAGGCUCAAAAAGUGAAGGAAAACAGGAAAAAUGAGGAAGAUCUUCACAGGCUGAAACAAGAAGAAGACAGACUAAUGAAGGAGGAGCAGGAGAAGGAGCUACACGCCCAGAUGGAGAAAGAGAAAGAAAAAAUCCAAGUACAAGCUCAGCAGCAAGACAGAGAACUGCAAAAGCAACAAGAAGAGGAGGAGAGGCAUCUCAGAAAAAAGAGAAUUGAGGAGAUCAUGAAGAGAACUAGGAAGUGCGAAGCUGACUUGAAGAAGGAGGAGCAGGUGGAGACGAAGCCCGUCUCACCACCAGGUGAAGUAAAGACUGUUCAAACUAAUGCUCAGGUGAACGAGCAAGCAAUGAAAAAGGUUGAGUUUCAGGUUAAAGAGCAGGUCACAGUCAACACCAAGGAAUGUGCGCUGGUGAAGAAAGAAGUGGCGGGAGCAGCACAGACGGACAAUCAGAAGAGUUUGCAAGUGAAAAACAACACUCAUCAAGUGACACCAACACGCAGUGUUCCUGACAAGAGACCCAACACCAGACAAACCAGUGAAGAGCCCGACAGCAAACUUAACAGAGAGGGCAAAGUCUGUGUUCUCAAGCAGGGAGGAGAGGUGGAAUGGAGCGUAAACAAGCAGCAGACAGCACAUGUCAAAGACCAAAUAAAUAAAGAGCCGACAAAGCAGACUGCAGAUGCCAAAGUCAACCAAAGGGAGGGUGGUAUGAUGAAUGGAGCAGUUAAGGGUGAAGGAAGCCAUUUAACUGCUGAGGUAAGCAAACAGAGAGUCCUGCAUCAUGUGUUGACAGCUGCUAAAGGAGGGUCCCAGAUGGAGGUGAUUACACCCUCUGUGGCAACCCUGCCAGUGGGACACCCAUCACCACCAAUCAUCAGGCUGGAGCCACUAGAUGUGAAGGGUACGGGGUCUUGUGAUGAGGUGCAGUCCAUGGAGGUCAGCCCGGCUUCAAAGGAGGAAUUGAUUUCUAUCCAAGACUUCUCGCCAGUCAACGAAAUGCAGCCCAGCAGUGUGAGUAACACCCGUGCUCUGGAAGACCUGAUGGACCUGACAGGCAGCGUCACCUGCCCCAAACUGUCCUCUGAAGGCAACAUAGGCGACUGCAACAAGAACCUCAUUGAGGGUGUUGUUAGCCCCAUGUCGGACUCAAAGCUCAUCGGGAUGCCGGCUCCAUCGUCAAAUCAAUUUAACAUCAAGUAGUCCGUUAAUCUCUUUCUUUUUCUUCCUCUCUCGCUUGCCUCCUCUCUCUUUAACCUCUCACACACACACACACACACACACACACACACACACACACACACACACACACACACACACACACACACACACACACACACACACACACACACACACACACUCAAUCACAGGAUGUCAAAAUUUAAGUGUGUGCCCCUGUGUCACUACAUGUAUGGGAAUAGAGCCAUAGAGAUUGACUUUUAAAAAACUGUAAAACCAUGACUUGCAAUAUAAAUAAAACAUAUAUUCUAUAUUCUAACGACAUAGCAACUGACCAUUGAAAGUAAAGAGUGUUUAAUCUAUCGUACUUGUUACAAGUGUGAGUGUGUGUGUGUGUGUGUGUGUGUGUGUGUGUGUGUGUGUGUGUGUGUGUGUGUAUGUGUGUGUGUGCACGAUGAGCACAUGUGAAAGAGGGUCAGGAUGAGGUGUGUCUGGAUGUGUGAAAUAAUGAAAUCAGGGUUUUGAAUAUUAUGGACAUUAAGGAAACACACUAUUGCUAAUGUAUGAAUCUCUAAUUUUCCCUGCACAGAUUCCUCACUGGGUCAGUCCCAGUACAGGAGUAACAAAACCUGCUCAGAGCAUUGAUGAUUUGUUCAUUUGACUUUUAACAUGCCCUCUUAAUCCUUUAAAUCUAAUUCAGUGUGUUGCUGGAAAAGGCAUGACUAUUUAAUUUUCAUGAUAUCCUCAUUUUUAACACUUAAUGAGAUAUACGUUACAAAAUGAGACAAACUACUCAGAAAUGUUCUUCCCAGGUGAUGUUAGCCAUGCAUGUAUUGAUUGCUUUGGCUGGAAUUUAAUGGAUUUAUCUGGCAAUCUAAACUCCAGCAGGACUAUUUAACUCUUCCUAACCCAGCGAGGUCUGACCAUAGGAUUGUUCACAUUUUUUAUUUAUUUAAUGGCAAUGAGAUAAUUCCCUUUAUCCUUUUUUAAUCUUUAACUGGGACUUUCUAAAUGCACGUGAGUGAGGACGAAGAUUCCAAAGCUGUCAACUUGAAUGUUAUUGCAUAUUGAGAAAAUCAUGGCAUCAAUACAAAUGAUGUCACACACACUUACACCACAUGUUUGUUGCAGAGUGAAUCGCUAACUUGGACUCUAUUGCAAAUAUACAGUAAUUGCAUUCAUGAAAGCUUAUUUCACUGACAUGUCUCCAUUUUUCAGGGAUUCCAUUGAUGAAAUGGAUUUCUGGUGAUGAAAAUAGUGACAGCUGAGCAGCUUUGUCAUUUCAAACGUUUUGUGUAGGUCUGUAGCUGUUUACAUACAGUAAAGUACAUAGAUUCCAAUCAAUAGAUAGCUGGCUGUUGAUGUGUAAGACUGAAGUGCACUGAGACAGGAAUGUUGGCUGAGCAAUCAAUUUGUAAGUGUGCACUGUAGCUUUAAAGAUGCUGUUAAAUCGUCUCUUCUUUCAUCAUGUUUGUACUGUGUAGUCCUGUGUAGGAAUUAUCCAGUGGGCUCCUUUAACUUCCUGAGCAAUUCAUAAUAUGUCUAAUAAUAGCAUAAUUGUUUUCAUUUUCUUUGUCUAAAUGUAGAGAUGCCUUAUAGAGGACUGAUUAAUUACUGAAUGUUUGUGCAAACCAUUUUACAGUAUUCUAUUUGGCCACUGGGAUUGUUGUGUGUGACCUGUAAUACUUGAACCUUAGUUUGAAUAGCUUCAUCUCUGCCAUGCAGUAAAAAACAAUUAUACCAACUGCAUAUAUGCUAUUAUGUUACUUAUAAAGUCACAUUUAGAUUUGUGUUCCUCAAACUAUACAUAGCCUGGACAGACAGAGGCUAAUUGUCUUAAGUGAAGUAGCCAUAUAUAUAU